AUGUGCAUCCAAAUUCCUCGCGUUAGACGUCGCUUGUCAAAGGAUGGCAAGUACCGCUAUUAUGAUGCCACUCAGCUCUCCAGCCUGUUGAAUUCGCUGGAGGCUUUCUUGGGCCAGCAUUCACUGCAGUCCGAUGAAGACGGCGCCAUUUCCACGGGCCAGGGUCUGCAUUUGGUGGUCUUAUUUAACAGCCGCACCAACACCACCUCGCGUAAGCCCCUGCGAUUUGAACUGCCUGGUAAUGGUAAGCCUACCAUCAGUAGUAUCGCCUUGGUGCCACAGUGGGGCUGUCUGGUCUCCCUGGACAAUGCCGAAGUGACUCUGGCAAAUCUGGGUCCCACCUUGGUGAACACUAUUCGUUCACUGCUUGGCCUUGACUCCUGGCUGCUUUUCCGUGCGAUCGAAAGCAUCUCCACAACCUCACUGACGCUGAACUCCCUGGUGGACAUGGUGCACAAUGUGCGCAAUGUUGUCAUUCGCUCCUACGUAGCCGAUCGCAUUCACGCCUCAGUGGCCGCCUGGAAGUCCGCUGUGGACUCCCUGGCUGGCUUCGGUGAGGUCCCGCGAGAUCGACUGGGACAGGCCUUCUUAUCUGCCAAAACAGCCCUCGAGAAGGCCAAUGCUGCCUUCUUUGAUCACAGUCUUCUAGACCUUCUCUACUUCCCGUCUGACCAAGUGUUUGGUAUCUAUCUGCCGCUGUUUGCGCCAGUGUGUCUUCCCAUAGCCCUUUCUGGAGUUGCUGCUAUCAAGUUCUUCAAGAAGUAUCGUGCAGCCAAGUGA